UAUUUAUACGAAGUACAUGGAACGUAUACGAGAUUAUUUGUCUCAAAAGAAUAACAUAAUGCAAGUUCAUCCGAUGUUUUGGGCAACCACCCGCGUUCACUCAACGUAAACAAAAAGAUGGCUUUAGAUUUCUCUGCAACGUACAAAUUGCUUGUUUUGGGCGAUUCAAAUGUCGGUAAAACGUGUAUUGUGCAUAGAUAUUGUGACGAAAGAUAUUACGAUAUUUAUAUAUCAACAAUAGGGAUAGACUUCAAGCAAAAAAUAAUUAACCUGGAUGGAGUGCCAAUUAAACUUCAAAUAUGGGAUACAGCUGGCCAGGAGAGAUUCCGGACCCUCACUACAGCCUACUACCGAGGCGCGAUGGGAAUUAUUCUUAUGUACGAUAUUACAAAUCUGGAAUCUUUCAACCAUUUGUCUUAUUGGCUAAGAAAUAUACAAGAAUACGCUUCUCCUGAUGUUAUCAAAGUUCUAGUUGGAAAUAAAUCUGACGUCCAUGAAAACAAUAGAGCUGUACCAAAAGAAAGAGGCCAAAAGAUUGCAGAUGACUUCGAUAUGCCAUUUUUUGAAGUUUCAUGCAAGAAUAAUAUAAACAUCGAAGAAGCUUUCCUUACAUUAGCAAGAAAAAUAAGGGAAUACAGAGAAUCUAAGGCGGAUGCUUUCGAGUUAAAAGAGAGAGAGAACGUUAUCAAACCUUCUGAAUCCCAGACAGACGUAUCCAAGUGCAGUUGUUAGUCUCAUAGUACAUAACGGCUUGAGGCAACGUCGAUUACUGGUGGAAGAUUUUUACAGCAACAAAAAUUUUGCUUUGGUAGUUAUAUGAUAAUGAUAAGGGAUACUAUUCAGUGGACUUUCACGUAUGUGAUAUUAAAAGCUUGCAGUGCAGAGUUUAGAACAUUUGCCAUAUGUUGCAGACUAAAACUAAUAUGUUUUUCAAAAGUCCUUUCCCUUCUCAAUAUAAUAACGUCUGAAAUUUCUAGAUAUUAGAUUAAUUUGUUCUAGAAAUCUAUUCCAAUUACUACAACUACGUAAUUACGGCCCGAGGUUUCCUACAAUGUAACUAGAUUUAAAAUCAAUCCAGCAUUUAAUUAAGAAUUCAACCUAGUUUGUGUUAUCGAACUUAAAAUAUAAUUAUUAUUACGGUUUACUAUAUAUUAAUAACGGCCUGUAAGCAAUGAAACGUUAUCUUAAUAAGCGAUAAAAUAUACGAAUCUUUAUAGCAAUAUUGCUAAUCAGUGUUUUGCCUCUUUGGAAUAAGUAGGCUUUGGCAUAACUAAAUUAAAUUCGGCGAAAACAACAAAAUUUUUGUUAUAAUUAUUUAAAUAGAAAAGUAUUAGUAUAUUACUAGUCAAUGAAAAAUUUUGUAGAAAAUUUGUGUAGCUCUCAAAAUUACAAAUAAGAUUGGUAAUUAAUAUAGUCUGAAAUUAGCUGACUAAAAUAGUCAAUUUUCUUCUACCUGAUUAGGGACAAUCUCAAUUAUUAAUCAACGUCUCCUAACAGGCUGUUUACCUUAAAGCAGCUUCUCUAAUCAUCGUAUAGGACGCAUACGGAAUGAAUAAACAAAUCUCACUCACAAGAUCCCAUGUACCAAUUUUUUUAAAUAUAGCCUUAGAUUAUAACUUUAAAGACUGAAGGUAAGAUUCAGAAUCAAGACUUAACGUCACGUUUGACAAAACCCUACGUGAAAAAUUCAUUGAAUUGUGACGUCGUUAGUUUCGUUUCUGAAUCUCGUCCUCACCUUUGGGCUUAGGCAUAUGUAAACUGCCUAUGCAUUGCUCACACAGAAUAGAAUUUUAAAUGAGUUCCAAAAUUAAAAUUUGUUUGGAAUAUCUAUUUAUAGCAUAGUAAAGGAAAUAGUGAGAUACCGAUUCAUCAAUUGUCUAGAACGAAUUUAAAAUUUAAUUCUGUAGAUUAAAGCACUUUUUACGAAUUUAAAAUUUGUAGUGGCAUCUAUUGAAAUUGUAUAAUCAAAAACAUUUUAUAGACUUUGGUUGAAAUCUUUUGUUCAAGGUAUUGUUGAUAUUUUUAAAUCUUUGUAAGACUCUUUGUUUGAAGUGUGUCGGAUCUAAAAACUGUUUUAUGGGUUGCGGUGAAGAAUUUAUCAUAACUUCAUUUCUCAUACAAACAAUCGUUAGUGCCAAUUUUUUAAAAUACUUUCUCAAGAAAACAACUCGGUCUUGGUCU